AUGUGGCGUUUAGCUAAUUCGGUAUACCGUGCUUUUCGGAAUACAGCUACUCAUCGUUGCUCUCAAGAUGCUAUUGUUUCAAUAACAACUAUUUAUAAUACAGAUGACGAUUCGAAUACCAAAAACGAACAAGAAUGUUUAUUGGAAAGAAAACAUGAUAUUCAUCAAAUAUUAGCGAACAAUCAAUUUUCGUAUAAAAAUAUUGAAAAACUGCAAGAUCAGUUGAAGAAUAUCUCAUUACAAAAGGUUCCAAUACAAAAGAUCGAUGUAGUUAAAGUUGUUGAGGCUCCAAAAUUAGAACCUAUUAUCAACCAGGAUGAAUCAGAUUUGAAAUCUGAACAAACGCUUGAUUCACUACUCAAAACCGACGAAACUUGUAUGAAAACAAUUAAAGAAUUAAAUACCUUGCAUGAAGAGACUAUGUCGAUGAUUAAUCUUGAAAUUGCUCUCGAUGCUCUCGAAUCCGGUAACGUUCAACUUGGUUUUGAAGCUCUUCAAGCAAGUGCAAAAAAUGGAAUCAAUGCCGCAGCUCUAUACAACCUUGGUAUUUGUUACGAGCAAGGUAUUGGUGUGAAACAAGAUCGAGCUAAGGCAUGCGAUUACUAUUGUUGGGCAGCUGAUUUAGGUCACAUGAACGCUCAAUAUAGUUUAACUCGUCUUUCAAAUCGUAUUGAUCUUAGCGAUAGCAAAGAGAAUACGUCCAGUGAAAUUUCAUCUAAAAAUUCUGCUACACCAAAGCGGAAGACACGUUUUCGUUUGUCCUUAUUAGAUAAUUAUCUCGACGAUCAAUCAUUUCAUAAUGAUCAUCCAUAUGAAUCGAAAGAUCUGACAGUGGCGUGCUUGCUGUAG